AUGACAUCUGAAAGAGAUGAUGUAAUACAAGACUCUGAUAGGCUGAAGACCAUAUUUUGUGAAAGAGGAUAUGCCUCAAAUAUAGUUGAACCAAAUCUGAAAGAGAUACUUGAUGAAUUGGGAAAUAAAUGUAAACCACUUUUAGGUAAUGGUGUUCCAAGAUCAGUCUGUAGCGAAAGCUGCCUUGUAGGAUACAUGAAAAUCCUGAAGAAGGGCCAGCCACUUUGCUGCUUUGACUGUGUCCCAUGCUCCACUGGAAAAUUUGCAAAUGUUACGGAUUCUUUGGGCUGCUGGAAUUGUCCAGAAGAUCAAUGGCCUAAUGAAAAACAUGAUGCCUGUAUCCCCAAAGUGAUUGAGUUCCUGACGUAUGAGGAACCCUUGGGUACAACUCUUGCUGUAAUUUCUCUGUUUAUGACUCUGCUGAAUGCUUCAGUGCUGGGAAUUUACAUUAAGCACAGAGACACACCAAUAGUGAAGGCCAACAACAGAGAACUCAGCUACCUUCUACUUUUGGGACUCAUGCUGUGUUUUCUAUGCUCAUUAAUAUUUAUUGGUAAUCCAACUGCAUUAACAUGUCUGUUUCGUCAAACCAUAUUUGGCAUAAUUUUUUCCAUUAGUAUCUCUUUAGUUUUGGCAAAAACAGUAAUUGUGGCUAUUGCUUUCAAAGCAGCAAGACCUGAUAGUAAACUGCAAAGCCUGCUGGGACCAACAUUACCCAAGUUAGUAGUCUGUUUCAGUUCCACUGGCCAGUUUAUUAUAUGUGUCAUUUGGACAUUAAACAAUCCUCCUUUUAUAGAGUACAAUACAAAAUAUGUAAAUGGGAAAAUAAUAGUUCAGUGCAAUGAGAACAAUGUAGCAUUCUUCUGCUGCAUGCUGGGAUAUCUAGGGGGUUUGGCUAUUGUCUGUUUUGUUGUUGCAUUCUUGGUAAGAAAUUUACCUGACACAUUUAAUGAAGCUAAAUUCAUUACCUUUAGCAUGCUAAUAUUUGUCAGUGUGUGGCUGUCCUUUAUACCUGCAUACCUGAGCACACAGGGCAAAUACAUGGUUGCAGUGGAGGUAUUUGCAAUCUUAGCCUCAAGUGCUGGAUUACUCAGCUGUAUAUUUUUACCCAAAUGCUACAUUAUUUUACUUCAGCCUCAUAAAAAUACAAGGAAGCAUUUAAUGAGCACUGUUCAGUAA